UGCUGUCCGUAGUGCAACGGCAGCCCGGCGAGCGGUGUCUCCGUGACUCCCGCCGCAUCCUUCGACCCUGCACGGGGGCGGUCUAGAGUUUUCUGGGCAGCGUCCGCGCGACCACUCCUUCGACGUCCUCGACAUCAUCAUCUCCGGCGAGGGCUGCUUCGUCGACGUCCUCGACAACAUCGUCCCCGGCGACCACUGCUUCCUCGACGUCCUUGUCGACAUCGUCUCCGCCACCGCUGCUUCCUCUACGAGAUCGUCUCCGACAAACUCCAUCCACGAACACCAAGUGCACCGACGUCUAGACUUUAAGUUGCAUUUGAUCAUUAGUAGUACAAGAUAAAUCUGUCCAUGCUCUAGCCGAUUCUCCAUCAGGUUUAUCUAGUGCUUUAGACUGUCUUUUUGUUCCUGCUGCUAGUGUUUUCAGCCAUGUCGUGUGUGUUCGGUAGAUUCAGUAUCUUUAUGUUAAUUUGUCUGUAUUGCUACUCUGCCGUCACUAGUAUUGUAGAUGGUUCUCGCUGGUUUCGUGAUGUUUUCCUUUGCAUGCUAAUUAACAAGGAUGGGUGCUAUCAAUCUGCUCCUUUGUGAAUCUAUACUGCAUGCUUAUGAAGAAAACCAUUUGCCUGUUUAACCUGCUCUUGUACGUACUAGGUAAAGGAAUUAAAUUAAUGACAAAUUAUGUAUUGUGUACAACAAUCCAGAAAACUCUAGACCGAUUUGUCAUGGAUGCUCAUGUUGCAGAACUGAUGAAACCUGAAAAGUUUGCCGGUGACAACUUCAAGAGAUGGCAGUCCAAGGUGCAUCACUACCUCCUGUCCAAGGGCCUGUGGUGGAUUAUCCCACAGGUUAGGCCGCUGACUCGUCAGCAGGUAAUGGACUUUGAGUUAGCAAACGACACUGUUGUGGCUGUCAUCUUGUCGCUCCUUGAGAACCAGCUCUAUGAUGUAUACCAUGGGUACACCUCUGCAAUAGAGCUUUGGGAGGCGCUGGAUCGCAAGUACGCGGUCUCUGACGCAGGGCGAUGGAUUUAUGUGGUUGAACAGUACCACGAUUUCUGCAUGGUGGACGGCGUCUCCGUCGUCAAGCAAGCUCAUGAUCUUACAUCGAUUGUGAGUGAGUUGGCUCAGUUUGAUGUGAACGUCAAUGCCAAGUUUGUGGUGGGGGGCAUCAUUGCCAAACUCCCUCCUUCAUGGAGAGAUUUUGCCACCACGCUUAAGCACAAGAGGGAGGCAAUGAGGGUUGAUAACCUGAUUGCUCACCUUGAUGUGGAAGAGAAGGCACGUGCUAAAGACACACCUUCCAUGGCAAAUGACGGCACCUCAAACGCCAACUUUAUGCAGAAAUCUGGUGCUAAGUACAAGGGCAAACAACAGAAUCCAAAGGCCAAGAAUACAACCAACUUUAAGAAGAAGAAGGAAGGCAUAAUCUGCUAUGUGUGUGGUGAGCCUGGCCACAAGGCCAAUAAAUGCCACAACAGGAAGGGAAAGAAGGGUGGGCAGCAGAACGGACAGAACACUGUCAACGUGGUUGUUAGCGAGCCUAGUACUGCGGGGCUACAAGCGGUUCCCCCAUCUUGAUGGGAAAUGGCUCAGGUGCUGCUGUUCUGGGAGUAGGGAAGGUUGACCUGAAGUUUACAUCAGGAAAAAUCAUUACCUUAAAGAAUGUGCAGUACGUGCCCUCAAUAAAUAGGAACCUGAUUAGUGGCUCUCUUUUAUGCCGAGAUGGCUUCAAAUUAUUUUUUGAGUCGAAUAAAGUUGUUAUUUCCAAAUUUGGUUUAUUUAUAGGGAAAGGCUAUGAGUGUGGAGGCUUGUUCCGCACAUCUUUGUUGGAUGCUGAGAAUAAAUUUGUUCACAACACUAUUAGUGUUCUUAAUUCAAAUAAAGAUGCAUCCAUUUGGCAUUCCA